AGCUCUACGUGAAUCACGUGACGAUCACGCAUUUGAACUUCCGUUGACGCGACUAUCUGUUUCAAUGGCUUCACGCUAGCUUCCCGUCUUUCACUGGAAAUGGCAGCACACCUGAAAAAGCGAGUUUAUGAGGAAUUUUCUAAAGUCGUUCAAAUUCCCCAUGAGGAAGUUCCAGCGAAGAAGCUCCGUCUGUCCAAACCCAGCAAGUCUGCGGCACUGCACGUUGACCUCUGCAAGGCCACCAACUCAACCGAUGCUCUGCAGUACCUGCUGCAGUUCGCCCGCAAGCCUGUGGAGGCAGAGAGCGUGGAAGGGGUGGUCCGCAUCCUCCUGGAGCACUACUACAAGGAGACAGAUAACUCAGUGAGACUGAAGAUUGCCUCUCUGCUGGGCCUGCUGUCCAAAACGCAGGGUUUCAGCCCCGAUUGCAUCGUCGACGAUGUCAUCAGCACCCUCAACAACGAGAAGUCCCACCAGGUCCUCGUCCAGCUGCUGGACACUCUGCUGGUCAUCGGCACACAGCUGCCCGAGAACCCCGCAGUCAGACAGCGGCUCAUAGAAGUGGCCUGCAAGCACCUGUCAGAUACAUAUUUCGGGGUGAGGAUCAAGUGUCUGCAGCUCUUGGGGUGUCUGGGCACAGUGGACGCUCCUCUCACCAAAGACAACGAGGGACAGGGGAUGUCGACGGGAGGAGUGCGGGACGUCCAGAAUGUCAUCAGUGACUAUUUUGGAGACCAGGACCCCAGAGUGCGGACUGCAGCCAUCAAGGCCAUGCUGCAGCUGCAUGAGAGAGGAAUGAAGAUCCAUCAGAUCAUCUAUGACCAGGCCUGUAGGUUGCUCUCAGAUGACUAUGAGCAGGUCCGCUCGGCAGCAGUGCAGAUGGUUUGGGUGCUCAGCCAGCUAUACCCAGAGAGCAUCGUGCCCAUCCCCUCGUCCAAUGAGGAGAUCCGACUCGUCGAUGACUCAUUUGGGAAGAUCAGUCACAUGGUCAGUGACGGCUCCUGGAUGGUCCGGGUGCAGGCCGCCAAAACUUUGGGUUCGAUGCUGCAGGUCAGCCCUCACUUCCUGGAACAGACGCUGGAUAAGAAGCUCAUGUCAGACCUCAGGAGGAAGCGUACGGCUCAUGAGCGAGCCAAGGAGCUCUACACGUCUGGAGAGUUCUCCUCUGGCAGGAAGUGGGCCGACGACGCCCCCAAGGAGAAGGUGGACACCAACGCCGUCAACCUCAUUGCCUCGGGGGCCUGCGGGGCCUUCGUACAUGGCCUGGAGGACGAGAUGUACGAGGUGCGUAUUGCGGCGGUGGAGGCCCUGUGCCUGCUGGCUCGCUCUUCGCCAAGCUUCGCUGAGAAGUGUCUGGACUUCCUGGUUGACAUGUUCAACGACGAGAUCGAGGAGGUGAGGCUGCAGUCCAUCCACGUGCUGAGGGAGAUCUCCACUCACAUCACACUCCGAGAGGAUCAGCUGGACACUGUGCUGGCUGUGCUGGAGGACUCGUCUCGUGACAUCAGGGAAGCUCUCCAUGAGUUGCUGUGUUACACCAACGUCUCCACCAAAGAGUGUAUCCAGCUGGCUCUGCUGGAGCUGCUGAAAAACCUCAACAAGUAUCCUACUGACCGCAACUCAGUCUGGAAGUGUCUCAAGUUCCUGGGGUCCCGCCACCCAACUCUGGUGUUGCCGUUGGUUCCUGAGCUGCUCAGCACUCAUCCUUACUUUGACACGCCAGAGCCUGACAUGGACGACCCGGCCUACAUCGCUGUGUUGGUGCUGGUGUUUAACGCCGCCAAGUCCUGUCCCACCAUGCCGGCACUGUUCUCCGACCACACGUUCAGACACUACGCCUACCUCCGAGACAGCCUGUCACACCUCGUACCACCGCUCAGGCUGCCGGGCAGGAAGCCGCUGUACGGUCUGGACUCGGUGGAUUCUGGUGGUGGUUCUGGUUCUGUGGAGGCGGCUCAUCUCUUCCUGCAGCAGAGUCUGAACCGAGUCAGCACCGUCCAGAACCUGGAGGCCCCAGGAGCCCAGGACCUGCUGGACUUCACCAUACGAGACCUGCAGCGGCUCGGCCAGCUGCAGCCCGAACUGGCCGGAGCCGCCGACUUCAGCGCCACCUACCUGCGCUGCCAGCUGCUGCUCAUGAAGGCACUGCAGGAGAAGCUGUGGAACAUGGCCGUCCCCCUCUGCCUCAAACAGAAUGCCACAGCAACCGCUGCAGCCCGCCAGAUCCUAGAAGAGACCUACAAGCUGGAGUUUCUGUACAGCGGCUUGGAGAGCCGACAGGUGGCCACGAUUCACCACGUCCGCCUGCAGGCCAAAGCUCUGCAGCUCGUCCUCACCGCCCGCACACGGCGAGGGUUGGAGCCUCUCAUUGGCAGCUGUGAGAAGUUUUUACAGGACGUUGAGUCUUUUCAGAGGCUGUUCCUGACGGAGCUGCCCCACCUGCAGGACAGCUUUGUGGAGAAGCUUCUGGAGCUGAUGCCGCGGCUGUCGUCCUGUAAGCCGGCGGAGCUGGUGAAGAUCCUGCAGACCACGCUGAGGCAGAGCGGCCUGCUGCAGCUCAGACUGCCUGAACAGAUCCACCGGGCGACAGCCACCAUCAUCGAGCCGACAGGGGAGUCUGACAAUCCGCUGAGGUUCACGUCCGGCCUGGUGGUGGCGCUAGACCUCGACGCUACACUGGAGCACGUCCAGGACCCGCAGAACACCGUGAAGGUUCAGCUUCUGUAUCCAGACGGUCAGAGUCAUGUGAUCCAGCCCAGACCUGGAGACUUCAGGAAGCCCGGGCCCCACAGACACAGGCUCAUCACACAGGUUUACCUGUCGCACACUGCGUGGACAGAGCCCUGUCAGGUAGAGGUGCGCCUCCUGCUCGCUUACAGCUCCUCUUCGUCGUCGUCGUCCUCCUCCUCCUCCAAGGCAGGAUGGAGUGACAGCACCGACAGCCUCCCACCACCAGAGGCCGCCAUAGAGGGAACCAUCCCCUUCAGCAAGUCCGUCAAAGUCUUCAUCAUGCCCAAACCUGCCCGUCGCUGAGGAGCCCAGCAGCGAGUGUCCAGUCUGUCUGCAUAAAACUCACCUUAUUAAAGGUCCCAUAUUGUGAAAAUGUGUUUUAUUAUGUUGUGUUUUUUAUGUAAACAGUGAGGUUUAAAAUAAAAGGUGUGAAAAUAUGAAGUCACUGCCGUACAUCACCCACAAGAUGGCCUCCCAGCUAGAUAUGCCUUUUUUCCCCCCAAACUUUAUUCAAAGACAAAAACAAUCCCAAUAUUGCCUACAAACAGAAGAAACAUCAAGCCAACAUCAAACACAAAAUAUAACAAACAAUACAUAAACUACAAAAAAAACGUGUUACAGCAAACGCAGACAUUACAUUAACCGUUUUGAUUGCCUUCUUGGGUUGAGAUAAAGAAAUCAAUAAAUAUUACUCCGUCUCCUUCAUGAAUACAAAGAAAUGUGGCUUUAUGCCUACAAAUUUACGUUUGUGAAUAUGAAACUUAGCAAAAAGUAAAUAAGAAAAAAAAGUCUUUGUUGCCAUAAGCAUAGCAA